AUGAAAUCAAAAAUUGUAAACAAUUAAAGAUAUUAAUCAUGCUAAGAAGAAGAAGGAAAUUCUACAAGAAUACUUUAAAAUUCUAAUGAUUCUAUUAGAAUACUUACAGAUAUUCAAUUGUAAAUUACACAUACUUAUAUUAGACCCUAAUAAAUGUCAAAAAGCAUUCAAGAUGCAUAUGAAAAAGGAGAAAUCGAAAUGAAAAAUAACAUAUUUGACAAUAUUAUUAAAGAGAACAUUAUUGGUUUUUCCAUUGAUAUUUAUAAUCAUUAUAUCAUCCAAUGUAUUUUAGAAAAAGGAUUGAGUGAACAUAAAAGCUAUAUUUUAAGACUCGUUAUAGAUAAUAUGGAAUAAUUAUGUUAUCGAAAAUAUGCCUAUAAAGUAGUAUAGGCAUGUUUAAUUCAAUUCCAAAACAGUUAAAUUAUCUAAUACAUAAUUGAUAAUUUAAAGAAACUAUAAUUCGAUUAAUAUGGAAAUCUUAUAAUUAGUACAUUAUUAGAUACUAUUCAAAAUGAUGUAUAAUUUGCUUAAAUAAUAAACAAAUUAUAAAUUGAUAAAAUUAAGUAUCAUUAAUAUGGCUGUGUUAUUUUGAUUAGUAUGAUUACAUGCCCUAAAGCUAAUCAUGUAGGUCCAAUAAUUAAUAAACUUAUAUUAGAAAGUAUACAAUUAUCUAAAUCAUAAUUUUCAAAUUAUAUUAUUUAAAAGAUGCUUAAAGAAAGAACAAUAGAGUAAAAUAAAUAAUUAAUUAAUGAAUAUUUGAUUCCAAAUUUUAUUGAAUUAUCUUGUAAUAAAUUUGGAAGUAAUGUUUGUGAAAUUAUGGUUACUAAAUCACUUGCUUAUUAACUUUAGAAUUUAUGGAAUUUAGUUAUUAAAUAGUAUAUUUAUUCAUUAUUUUAGAAAUCUAAGAUUAUUAUUAAAUAAUGAGUAUGCAAAUUAUGUUAUGUAAAGAUAUUAUGCUCAUAUUAUGAUGUUUAAUUACAUUCUAGAUGAGUUUUAAUAAUCAUUAUUUGAAAUGAAUAAAAAACAGUUAUUAAACCAAAAUGGUAAAAUUGUUUAUCGAUUUGUCAAUCAAUGUAAUCAAGUAGUCCAAUAGUAUCAAUAAUAUUGA